AAUUGAGAAAUUUGAAAAGGGAUUCUGCCAUCAUCGAGCAGACAACAGAAUCCGCGCAAGCGCGCCGCGAUGACGUAGUUUUGAGGUGAGGCGACGAGUUUGAAUAGGCCCGACCGAGAGCCCUCACUGACGUCAAGCUCCGCCUUCGGCUUCCCCGGCAGCACGAAUCUCUCGGGCAAUUUGCUCUUGUCCCUGAAAGAUUUUGAAAUCCCAUGACGGACCCAUAUAUGCCUCCUCCGACACAUCGCCGUGGACUCACUAAGCAUCGGAUGGUGCGUCCACGCGGUGGGGGUCAUGAGGCCCAUUAAACCGCAGCGUAAAAGGAUCUCUUUCGCCCUCUCUUGCUACAUGCGAAAAUAUCAACAGUCGAUGACUCACUUUACUCAUUUGUGAUUAACAAAACAACAUCAACCUUAUCUUUACUAUCUUGAUCAUGGCGAUAAUGAGCCAUCUCAAAGGGCGUGGGCGUGUGGAGCCCUCGAGCAACGGCCCUUCCAAUGGAGUUGCUCAUCAAAAAGUCACUGCCAUUGCUUGCUUCCUGGGUCUGGUUGCCAGCAUUGGUGGAUUCAUGUUUGGAUAUGUCAGUGGUCAAAUAUCCGGCUUCUUUCUCAUGGACAACUAUGCCGAACGCUUUGGCGAGGAGCAGUCUGAUGGGUCCUUCACAUUCAGUGCUGCCCGGCAGGGUACCAUUGUUGGCCUUCUCUGUGUUGGUUGUCUGAUCGGGUCCCUCAUCUCGGGCUCAAUGUCCGAUAUCAUUGGUCGCCGUCUCACUAUCUCAUCCUCCGCUCUCUUCACCAUGAUUGGUACAAUCAUUGAGAUUUCAUCUGAGAAGCAAUGGGCUCAGUUCGCUGUCGGCCUCGUCGUCCCAAUGUACCAGUCCGAGAGCAGCCCGGCCAUCAUUCGCGGUAUUCUGCUCUUCAUCACUCUAGGAAUCUGGACCGCCGAUAUGGUGAACUGGGGAACGGAGUUGAACGAGAGCAGCGCAUCUUGGAGAGUUCCCAACGGCCUUUCCUUCCUCUGGGCCCUGAUUCUUGGCGGAGGUAUCCUCCUGCUUCCGGAAUCUCCUCGCUAUGCGUACCGAAAGGGCCGCGUUGAGGAAGCUCGAAACACCAUCGCCAGACUCGCCGGUGUUGCGCCUGACGACUACAGCGUGUCGAAGCAGAUUGAUGAGAUUCGCGCCAAGCAGGAAGAGGAGAAGGCUGGCACCGAUACGAAGUGGUAUGAGAUCUUCACUGGGCCCCGAAUGCUUUACCGCACGCUUCUCGGCAUGACCCUGCAGAUCAUUCUCGGAUCUGUGAACGUCGCCUGUACCUUUGGUGGGCUGUGGGUCGUGGCAAAAUGCGGCCGUCGCAAGGCUUUGAUGAUUGGCGGACUCUGGAUGAUGAUGUGCUUCUUUGUCUACGCCUUCGUUGGACACUUCUCGCUCGAUCAUGAGAACCCGAUGAACACCCCCAGGGCCGGGACUGUUCUUAUCGCCUUCUCCUGCUUGUUUAUCGCUGCGUUCGCUUACCGCGGUCGAUGCAUGGCUCUCGCCACUGCUGCCAACUGGUUCUGGAACUCUAUGAUUUCUUUCUUCACUCGAUUCAUCACUGACGCGAUUGACUACCUGUACGGUCUUGUUUUUGCAGGAUGCUGUGCAGCUCUUGUGCUCAUCGUCUUCUUCUUCCUCAUAGCCUCAAAGGACCGUACCCUUGAGGAGAUUGACACGAUGUACGUUGAGCAUGUCAACCCAAUCAAGAGCAGUUCCUGUGUUGCCAACAACCGGGAGAAGGAUGGCUCGGAUCACACGGGCAACAACACCGAAAGUGAGGCGGUAGAGCACAGUAGUUAGAGGUCUCGUUUUUCAGAUUGCACUAAAUUAUCGCAAUACAACCCUUAAAGGGAAUUAUCGCUCAAUCAA